AUCCCAUCCCAUCCCUCCCAUCCCAUCCCAUGCCAUUUGUAGGCAUUCCAUCUCAUGCUCACUACCGUCUGAAGACCUUACAUCAAGCAUUGUGAUUGACAGCUCUUUCUCGUUCGUUCCCCUGAAGCUAAGCUACAGUCCAGUCUAGUCGAGUCUACUUCACUACACGCUCACUUUAUUCCGGCACUCAACCUCGAUCUGCCUUGUAGAACUACCUGAUCUCAAUCUUCCUCUCGCUCUUCCAUCUCCUCCAGACCGACGACUUUCCUCUUGUCUCCAGUUGCUUUUUCCCUUUCCUAUCUAAUUACUACUAGCUGGUGUACCGCAUGGGGCCCUUUAAAUUCGACCGGGGGAUUGUGUUGCAGCUAGUAAUAUCUGUCCCGUCAAAGAUAGCGGUCUCACUGUUGUGGUAUCAUUCCUCCAAAUUGCCUCCAACGUUCUGACGAAAAGGGUGGAAUAAAAUAUAAAAAAAAGCAAAUAUAGCCCUUGCUUCCAAAUUCGCCUGCACAGCUAGCGGGGUUGGGGCGGGGCUGGGCCUAAAACAUUUGUUGUUUCGCUCUUCCAAAGCUUCGCACAUUCUUGUCGGGGAUCAUCUCAUUGCUCUGGAAACAGCGUUGGAUAGACCAAAGCUUGGAUCUUGAAGAAACUUGUCUCCCGAGUGCCAACCGUAUUUAUGCCACUAGACGAACAGGGAGCUAAGUGGUCGUGUGAGCCAUGCGUCCGCGGCCACCGAUCAUCAAAAUGUCAACAUUUCGACCGCCUCAUGAUGAAAGUGCCCAAGGCUGGGCGUCCACUUGCAAAAUGCCCGCAUCCUAAAGGCACAUGUAGUUGCCAGAAGUUAUAUGCAUUCAUGGUCAGAAUUCCAAAGGGCUCAACAUGUUUAUGCCGGCCUCUUUAUCAAGUUCCCAUGAUGGUGACGGAGGCUGGACCAUCUGCACAGCCGACCCCUGGCGCUCCUGCCCAAAUUCCUCCCACGACAUCAGGUCGAAAUCGUAUUCAAAAACGCGCAAGACGUCAGAGUAGUCUCCAGAAAGCCCCAGAGUUAGUCACAAAGAGUUCAAACGGAACCGAUGUCCCGUCGCCUGGGUACAAAGCAGAGGAUCAAGGGCCAAGCCCAAUUGUAUCGAAUAUACAAUCCCCAUACAACGAGCGGUGUUUGGAGUCUAUCCCUCCUCCAGCUGCAUUUCCCCAACAUCAGAAUCCAAACAGUGGCUUAAACGGCCAGGAGACUUAUCCAACCCUCCAAUCUUUGCCUCAUAAGGGUAGAAUAGAGGUUCAGCCCGCCAUCAGCGGUGGGUGCAGUGGCUCCCAACCAACGAGUGAACCGUCUACCAAGCCGCCCAAAGUAUCCUGUUGUACUAAAAACUCGAAGGCAUGGAAAUAUAAUGAUGCUACUCCUCAACUCAAGCGAGAAGACGUCACACCUUCCGAACGACCAACCAACCAGAACUCCGUUCACUUCGUACCUCAGUAUCCAACUACCGAGCAACAGUCAUUCCCAACGAUAGAGGUAGAAAAACGUGACCACGAUCAAAAUAAUACCUCACCUCAUUUACCGCAUACUAAUCCGUUUGCCAACUCCCAAUUGCACGAGGCCUCUUCCGCCCCUGUGACGGGCUAUUCGUCGCCGAAUCCCAUGAGCCCCUACGAUUCAUUAACCCAUCCCAUGGGUGGAUUUCCUUCUUCGGGAAUGCACCCUUUUGAAUUUCAAACAAACCAAAUUUCAAAUGAUUCUCAGCCACAUAACUGUGAUUGCGGAGAUGACUGUCAGUGUUUGGGUUGCGCCUCCCAUCCCUACAACAACACCACCCGACAACAUAUCCAGCAAAUGGGUUACAUGAUAACAUCCGGAGAAGCUGAUCGGAGUCCUGAACCAAAUAAUUCUCCAACGCUCAACAGCCACGUGGCGCAUGGAAGCCUAGGCUACAAUAAUGAUUGGCCACCAAGUAGCCUCCCAUUCCACAGUCCCGGCCAAAUUCAAUGGAACUUUCCACAAUCUGGUCCUCCUUUUGACAAUCCCGGAUCUUCUGUUGUCGCUCCAGCUAUCCACGACCCUAAUCAGAACCAAUUGUUGAUGCAGCCCGCGGCGUAUUACGAGUUAGAGUACUCUGUCGGUCUAUUGGACCCUUGCACGAACAUGACGGGAACCUGUCAAUGUGGAGCCAACUGUAGUUGUGUCGGUUGCUUAACCCACAAUGGCCAUGAUGGAAUUCCACUCGAGCUUCCUCAAACCCAGGAUAACCAAACAGAACAAGGACUUCCAAUCAUGGAUGCCACAACCCCUAUUUCCCCCAUUUACAAUCCUAGUCAUUCUGACCAACCACCCGUCUACACGAACCACUACAAUUUCGCACAGCCUCCUCAGAGCCCUGUACCUAUAAUGCCGCUUCCGGUAUAGCCAUUAAGCACAGUAUUUCCCAUCCGCACCUCUUGCUCAUGAUUCAUCUUUCGUCCUCUCUACUCUUAUCACAAACUCGAAACGAUACGUCAUUAACGAUAUCAAAGAUACCCCACUUAUCAUGACAACUGGAGAGGCCUGUCAUCUUGUUUCCGGCAUUUCCCAGUAUUUUGCUUAUUUCCUACUACGCAUUUUCUGGCCCCCUUCUUCCGAUUCUGCUUUUACCUAUAUACGUAACAGGAGCGACAGGUAUCGUUCUGGCGUGUAUGCCCCUCAUGGUAGAACACAUAUUUUUCGUAAGUUUCACAUUUAUCCCAUAAGUUUCACAUUUAUCCCCUUUGUUCAUUUGUUUAUUUUUUGUAAUUCUUCCCCCUUGCUCGGGACUACAAUACCAUACAUACACACAGAUACGAUAUAUACCUUAUGUACUAUGAAGUUGUCUUGUCGGUGGCUCAGCAUCAUUUCAAUCGGAGAAAGUAUAUGAUUGGACCGGACAUCUUCACUCUUCGGGAUUCGUUUUGCAAAUUCUUUAACAAGGCGAAAAUGUUCAUAAACCAAUGUUGCAACUCUUUUGUUUGUUUAUAUAUAUAUAGAUAGAUAGAUAGAUAGAUAUGGUUUUUGGGCCCUUAGAGCACCCCGCGCGGCAGGUCUUCGGUUAAAGCUGAUCCUCCCUGCAUCCUUGAUAAACAAAUUAAAAAUAAAUAAAUAAAUAAAUAAAACCAAAUGGACAUGUGUUAACGAACGGGA